UAUUAUUUCUGUCUUUUGAAAGAGAAGAUGAGUGAAUCCAGUGCAAAAUCGAGCCAAGCCCUGGCUGCCAAGCAAGACAAGGAUGUCUCUGAGAAGAGAGGACGAGGGCGGCCCAGGAAACAGCCUCAGAAAGAACCCGCCGAAGCACCAGCACCCAAGAGACCACGUGGCAGACCAAAGGGGAGCAAAAACAAGGCCACUACAAAGGGAAGGAAAGCUGCUGUAAAAACAGCGGGGAGGAAACCUCGAGGCCGACCCAAAAAAUCAGUAAGAGAAAGAUGAAGAGGUCAACAUCUCCCAGGAGUCGUCGGAAGAGGAGCAAUGAAAAAGCCAACUGAUUCUACCUCACAGUUCAGUUUUCCUAUUUCUUCUCGAGUUCUGGGACUGAGGAAGGAACGGAGAAUCCUCACCCUUUUCCUGACCCCCCACCUCCUCAAUGUUCUUGCAGACAAAACAGCAACAUGAGUACAAUGUAAAACAGAUCAGCCAUCGCAUUGGAUGUGUAAUGUUUAAUAGGAGAACCAUGUAUGUGUUUCCCCUUCUCGUUUGACAGGGUUAAAAUUUUAGCCUACCAAUUCAUGUAGUUCUGUAUCGACCUUUCCCAACCUAGUGCCCUCCAGAUGUGUUUGAAUGCAACUCCCAGCAUUCCCAGCUGGGACUGAUGGGAGUUGAAGUAAAACACAUCCAGAGGGCACCGAGUUCUAUAUCUGUUUUUUUGCCCUGUCUCAAUACACUCCUUGUAGAGAAAGGGGUAUAUAAAUCUUUAUAAUAAGCACUUAAUCAUUUCGAAAAAGAGUGGACAGCCUUGUUAUUCCUGAAAUCAGUCCUGAUUUCCCCUUUAGAGACACCAUGUCACCUUCCAAAAGGAUACGUGGCAGUAGCGUAAAGUUAUGCCAUAGGGAAUUGGGAGUAUUAUAUGCAUUUUAUUCUGGAACGUCAGUAUAUAGUGGGAAAAGCCACAACAUUUAAAAGGAGGAAGACAGUAAAUAUUUCCUAUUGUAAGCCAUUUGCCUAGGUCCUGGUUUUAGAGGAUGUUAUCUUGCCUUUUCUCACUCCAUUUCCUAUGGUUGGAAGAAUAAUAUGGCUCUUUGCAGUCACCCUGUAUAUUGUUGUUGAUCGCAUGCAGCUCAGCCCAAACUAGCUGCCUUGGAGCCAAAGCACUUAGGCUUGCUAUAGGUAAGAUUGCCAGGAUCUGUUCCUUAGCGCUUAUCUGCGAAUGGGAGUUUCCCCCAGUAACCACGUAACGCUUCCUCUGAUCCACUCCCCUUGUAACUCUUAACUGCCACUGCCCAGGUAGGAGAGACUUGUGGGUGGGAGCCUGCAACUUGAAAGCUCUUUCCCGUGGUGCUCAGUCAUUCUGCACAGAAAGGACUACUGGAUCUUCUUUGAAACCGGGCAAGAGUUUGCCAAGACUAAGGAAAGCAGGAUGGCAAAAUCCCUAUCCCUUCCCCAUCCCCACCCCAGUCUCUCUUUGGGUUUGGUGAUGUUCUCCAUUGAUAAUAGCACAGUUAGUGUGUUAGGUACAGUUGUCUUUCCAAAACAAGUUGUCUUUCAAGGUUUUUCUCUUUCCUUCAUCCACAACUACCUCUGGAUAAUUUAAGUUUCAUUCUCUUAAAACAUGGAGUUGCUGCUGUUUGUUGCUGCUGCUUCUGAUGCUACUGUACUGGUUACAACAUUUUAUUAUUCCAACAGGACCUGUCUGUUUUUUCUCUGGAACUGACAUACUACACUAUAGAUAACUUAGUUUGAGUUGACUUUUAAAACUAUUGUGCUAUUAAAGGGAUAAAAGCUUAUAUUUGUCAGACUGAUGAGUGAUUGGGAGAGGGUUUGUUUUUUUAAGAUGGCAUCAUUUCCAAAUGUCAGCUGUUGUCACGUAUAGCAUGCCGAAAUCACAAUUGCUUCUGAAAGUGUAGGUCUGAGCUCCUUUAGGCCCCCAUGCUCAAAGAUAUCCCCCCCCUCUCUCCCCCCCCCUUAAGUAAUAGACUAAAGGCAACUGCAUUGGAUAGUUUUUAAUGAUAGCUCAUAUUUAAAGAGCUUUUCCAGGUGGACAACAUGGUGAAUGCUUACUCUAUCAAUAUGCCUGACAGCCCCAAACCAUGUUAAGGUUGGGUCAGUUCCUGUGCUGGUCACUUCAACAUGGAGCUACAUAAUGGGUGGGCCUGUCCAAAUUAGACUCAGGUGCAACUCCUAUCUCAAAUGGCUUGGACUUCAUUUGGCUUGGGUAUCUGUCUCACAUACAUACACUUUCUGGUUUAGUACUAUAUGGCCCAGAGAAGCUGCUGAUUAGACAUAGCCCAAGAUUCAGUAUCUUAGCAUGGGACUUUCUAUUCAGUGGUAACUUCUCUGCAGAAAAACAGAUGAUUAAGAGAACGUUCUCCUUGAACUGCUGUAUAGUUCUUAUAACUGCUGGAGAGAUGGUUUUCUAUCUGCCAAUAAAUAGCUCUGCCUCUAUUUUGCCUAGAUACUUUAAAAAUGUAUACAGUAGUGGCCCUGCUGCUGAGAUUGGUAUCUUUCUAAAACCGGGUUGGCAUUAUUUGCACAAAGCCUGAACAAAUCAUUUCUCCAAUUUCCAGGUUGAGGAUUAAUGUGGUGGUUAAAUAAUAUGUCAGCAUGAAGUUGAAGAGGAGUCUAACUUCAUUGUUUGCCAUCAGCCAAGCUACCUGUCCUCUUUAAUUUUUGCAAUGUUAUAGUUGACGUAUCAGGGAAGUUGCAAGUAAGUGACAGUCAAUUUCUGCCUCUUACCAUGCAAUCCAGUGCUGCUGGAUUGCACAGUAAGAGCAAUCCAGCUCUUACUGUUUAAUCUACUGAGAAGUAAGACCCACAGAGUUCUAUGGAACUUACUCCAAGGUAAGUGUGUAUAGGAUUGCAGUCAUAAACUGUUAAAGAGCUGGAUGGUUCUUUCCCCAUCUUGCUUGAUCUUUUCAGCUAGCUGAAGCCAUGGGUCUGAAAGCAGUUUGCGCGUUUUGUACUGAUGAUGGUUGUGUUGGAAGUUGCCUAUAAAGCAACAAUGCAAGAACAGGCAGUCAUGGAAAAAAGACGGGGGUGACCGGUGGUUUUGUAGAUUGUGUGAAUCUCUGAUCCACUGCUAACAAUUUCUUGAUCUCCUAUUUGCAGUUUACUUGAAUAAAACAGUUAAUAGAUGUUUCAAGCCUU